GCAGAACAUGUACUCACUGAGCCCACCGCUUCCUUUAUGGGGAGAAAAUGUUCUGUACAUCACAAGGUUCUGGAGUAUCACUGCUAUGAGGACUCUGCCUGUAUCUGUGCAUCCUGCUGCCUGGCCGGGGGGCACCGGGGCCACAGGGUGGAACUGCUGAGUGAGGCCUCUGAGAAGAAGAAAGAGAAACUGAGGAAAGUUCUGGAGAAACUGAGCCCAGAGAGAGAGGAGACUGAGAGAGGAGCCCAGAGGCUGCAGGAGCGCAGGAGAGAAGUGGCAGAAGUGGCAGCCGGUGAGACAGAGAGAGUCACUGCCCUGUUUAGGGGCAUCAGGGAAGAGCUGGAAGCCCUAGAGAAGCGACUCCUGAGUGACAUCUCCAGGCAGAGAGAGGAACUUUGCCUCCAACUCACUGAGCUGAUCCAACAGCUGGAAAUAAAGAAGGACGAGCUGUCCAGGAAGAUCCGUCACAUUGAGGAGCUGUGCAACAUGGCAGAUCCACUCACUGUCCUACAGGAACAAUGGGAAUCCCAUGGAGCUGCCUUUUUUGGGGCUGAGGGGGCAGAUAAUGAGGGCAGAGAGAGAGAAGAUACUGAGAAGGCAGAUAAUGAGGGCAGAGAGGAGGGUAUAAAGGUCCCGGCUGUAGGGGAUCUGGAUGUGGGUCGGAUCUCAGAGACAUUACUCACAGGCUUAGCUGGGAUUGUGACUGGGGUAACAGGAAGGAUCCCUGGGCAGGGGGCUACAGAGCUGGUACUGGAUAUAAACAUGGCUGGGAAUCAUGUAUCUGUAUCAGGGGACGGGAAAUCUGCUUCCUACUCACAUACAGACCAGCGUCGCCCAAAAACCCCCAAGAGAUUUCAGGUUUCUCAGGCUUUAAGCACCAGGAGAUUCCCCUCAGGGCGACAUUACUGGGAAGUGGAGGGCAGUGAAUCAGGAGGCUGGAGGGUAGGGGCGGCCUAUCCCAGUAUAGAGAGGAGAGGGGAUCAGUCCUGGAUUGGGAGUAAUAACAAGUCAUGGUGUUUGUUCAGAUGGGGUAAUGAAAAAUACACAGUGAGACAUGACAGGAAAGACACACAGUUACCCCACGUCCCUUCCUGCAGGAGAAUCAGGAUCUCAUUGGACUAUAAGGCCGGACUCCUGUCCUUUUAUGAGCUGAGUGAGCCAAUCAGGCACUUACACACCUUCACUGCCUCCUUCACUGAGCCCCUUCAUGCUGCAUUCUGGGUAGGAUGGGACUGGGUAAGAAUCAUUACAUAG